AUGAGGAUCUCAGAGAAACUUCUGCUGGCCGUCUUGAUCAAUCUCUGUCUAGUAGCUACGUCAGUUCAUGGCUCCGCCAGCAACACCGGUAGACAGCCGUAUAUAGUGUACAUGGGAGACGUGCAGGAGCAUGGAUUCUCAGUAGAGCAACACCACAACAUGCUUACUGAUGUCAUCGGAGAUGAGAGCAUUGCAAGAGAGUCCAGAUUACAUAGCUAUAAAAGGAGUUUUAAUGGGUUCGCGGCCAUGCUGUUGCCACAUGAAGCAAAUCGACUGAUGGAGAGAGAGGGGGUUGUAUCCGUGUUUCCAAACACCAAACGUAAGCUUGUCACCACAAGAUCAUGGGAUUUUCUUGGAAUGCCUCUAACAGUAAACAGGAACCAUCAAUCUGAGAGCGACAUCAUAGUGGGUUUGUUGGACACAGGAGUUUAUCCUGAAUCUCCAAGUUUCGAUGACAAAGGAUAUGGGCCGCCUCCGUCUAAAUGGAAGGGUAAAUGCGAAGUAGGUGCUAAUUUCACUGGCUGCAACAACAAGCUCAUAGGUGCAAGGUCCUACAGCAUUCAAAUCAAAAUUUCCGACCAAUCUCCAGCAGAUACCGAAGGGCACGGAACACACACAUCAUCUACGGUUGCAGGUUCAGCAGUCAACCAUGCUAGCCUCUACGGGAUAGGCAGAGGGACGACACGAGGCGGGGUGCCGUCGGCCCGCAUCGCCAUGUACAAGGUCUGUUGGUACUGGUGCUCGGACAUAGACAUCUUAGCUGCAUUUGACGAUGUCAUCAGCGACGGUGUCGACGUGCUCUCCAUUUCUAUCGGCGGUUCUAGCAUUCGAAAUUACUUCAACGAUUCACUAGCCAUCGGCUCCUUCCACGCUAUGAAGAAGGGCAUCUUCACUGCUUGCGCCGCUGGAAACCAAGGGCCCUAUGCAUUAACUGUGUCCAAUGUCGCACCCUGGAUCAUGACUGUGGGCGCCACUGGUAUAGAUAGGAAAUUCAGGACAGAAAUCAGGCUUGGCAAUGGCAUGAAGAUCUAUGGACUUUCCCUUAACACAUAUGCACCAACGAAGCAGAUGUACCCUCUAACGAGCGGCACCAAAGCAGCCAACUACACUGAUGGCUAUGAAGCUUACUUUGCAAGUUCUUGCUACUCGGGAACUAUGGGCCAGGAGAAAGUGGAAGGAAAGAUAGUCUACUGUGCCUCAGGCCAGGGAAUGUUUCUAGGCGACAGGCAAGACCAUACAGUCAAAGAAUUGGGGGGUGUUGGGACAAUCAUAGCAGGAUCGGAAUUAAAUGACACUGCCUUCUCUUACGUUCUUCCUGCGUCCCGUGUUGAUCUUAAGUCCGGCGAUCAGAUUGAUAGAUACAUCAACACCACCAAGAACCCUCAAGCCAUUAUAUACAAGACUAAAGAAGUGAAAGUUAGUGCCCCUUUUGUGGCAUCCUUCUCAUCUCGAGGCCCCAAUUACCUCAGCCCAAGGAUCCUCAAACCGGAUAUCACAGCUCCGGGGGUGGACAUACUAGCCGCUUAUACAAAAUUGGCGUCAGUGACUGGGCAACCGUAUGAUGACCGGUUCUCUUUGUUUAAUAUAGUAUCGGGCACAUCAAUGGCUUGCCCUCAUGCUGCCGCUGCUGCCGCCUACGUCAAGUCCUUCCAUCCCAACUGGUCCCCGGCGGCAAUCAAGUCUGCCCUAAUGACCACCGCCACUGCAAUAAAGGUUAGAAAUCGGGACGCUGAAUUUGCAUAUGGGUCUGGCCAUAUCAACCCAGUGAAAGCGCUCAACCCUGGCCUCGUCUAUGAUCUUCAGAUAAGCUCCUACAUUCGCUUCUUGUGCAGGGAGGGCUACAACAGCACAAACCUUCACCUAAUCACAGGUUGGAGCCAUUUGGAUUGCCAAAAAUUCCAACCAGCUCGUGGCCAUGAUGGCAUCAACUACCCAACAAUGACCCUUCCACUACCCCACCCUGCAAAAAAUUUUUCAGCUGUUUUUAAACGAAUAGUUACAAAUGUAGGGACUAACAGCUCAGUUUACAAGGCAACAGUGAAAUCGCCCGAGGGUCUCUCUAUCUCCGUUUUCCCCAAUACUCUGGCCUUCAACCGGGUGUACCAAAGGAAAACUUUCAAAGUCGUUAUCAAGGGUAAGCCCCUAAGAAAGGAAACUCCAUUUAUUUCGGCGUCUCUGGAAUGGAGCGACUCAAUUCACAGAGUCAGGAGCCCUAUCGUCGUUUAUAAGAUCUCAGCGUACCGGGUGACCAGUUAG